AUGGCGCCGCACGAUGCAAUGAGAAUUUUUCUCAAUACCAUCAUUGUAGUCUUCAUAUUCCCUGUCGCAAUGUCGGACGAGUAUAUGAUUAAGCCCGAAAGUAUUGCGCCAUCUAAUGAUACUUCUGAGUGGCCACUCUUAUUGAAGAAUUUCGAUAAGCUUUUGGUUAGAAGCGGGCACUAUACCCCCAUUCCUGCCGGAAGCUCUCCAUUGAAAAGAGACCUUAAAUCUUACGUUUCCUCGGGUGUCAUCAAUUUGGACAAACCCUCAAACCCAUCCUCCCAUGAAGUCGUCGCCUGGAUUAAACGAAUCUUGAGGACCGAGAAGACUGGUCACUCUGGUACGUUGGAUCCAAAGGUCACUGGAUGUUUAAUUGUUUGUAUCGAUAGAGCUACCAGAUUAGUGAAGUCACAACAAGGAGCAGGAAAGGAAUAUGUUUGUAUUGUCAGACUUCAUGAUGAGUUAAAAGAUGCUAAGGACAUGGGCAGAUCGUUAGAAAAUUUGACAGGUGCUUUAUUCCAGAGACCUCCACUCAUUUCUGCAGUUAAAAGACAAUUGAGAGUUAGAACGAUUUACGACUCCAACUUAAUAGAAUUUGACAACAAGAGAGGAUUGGGAGUAUUCUGGGCAUCAUGUGAAGCUGGUACAUAUAUGAGAACGUUGUGUGUGCACUUGGGUAUGUUGUUGGGUGUAGGUGGUCACAUGCAAGAGUUGCGUCGUGUUAGAUCUGGUGCACUUGCCGAAAAUGAUAACUUGGUUACCUUACAUGACGUUUUGGAUGCCCAGUACGUGUAUGACAAUACCAGGGAUGAGUCGUACUUGCGAAAGAUCAUUCAGCCACUUGAGACCUUACUCGUGGGGUACAAGAGGAUUGUCGUCAAAGAUUCAGCAGUGAACUCAGUCUGUUACGGUGCAAAGUUGAUGAUUCCAGGUUUGUUACGUUAUGAGGAAGGCAUUGAGCUUUAUGAUGAAGUUGUUUUGAUCACCACCAAGGGUGAAGCUAUUGCCAUCGGUAUCGCUCAGAUGACUACGGUUGAUUUGCAAAGUUGCGAUCACGGAAUCGUUGCCAAAGUCAAGAGAUGUAUUAUGGAACGUGACACUUACCCCAGAAGAUGGGGAUUAGGCCCAGUUGCCCAGAAAAAGAAACAGUUGAAGGCCGACGGAAAGUUAGACAAGUAUGGUCGGACCAACGAAAAUACUCCAGAAUCAUGGAAGGCAGAGUACAAGGAUCACGAUGAGACCCCUGCUCCUCCAGUCCCUGAAGCAAAACUUGCUGCUCCAGAGAUUCAAUUACCAAAGAAGUUGAUUGAGGAAGUUGAGACUAAAUCUAGUCUGGACGAUGAUAUGGAAGAGGAAUCUAAGAAAGAAAAGAAAGAAAAGAAAGAGAAGAAGGAGAAGAAGGAGAAGAAGGAAAAGAAGGAAAAGAAGGAGAAGAAAGAGAAGAAGAGAAAGUCCGAGGACGGUGAAACCGAGUCUGGAAAGAAGAAGAAGUCUAAGAAAGAGUAG